AUGCCACGGACUGAGGCAAAGGGAGAGCCAGUGGAUGACGUGAAUGUGCUGAUGUAUGGGGUGCUGCAAUUCAGCGAGUCACUACACCAUGCAUAUCAGAACACUGAGGCCAAGCUGGCGCGCAUCACCCGUGCCAUUACAGACACAGAGAGGCUUGUGCAGCGUCUGGGCCAGGACACAGAGCAGACCAUCCACUCUGAGCGUCAGAUAAAACGCAGGCUCAGCGUCAUCCAGGUCGAGAUGACUGCACUGCAGGCCCAGACUCACCAAACCAGAGGACUGGUCUCCAAGGUGGAGCGAGAUGAUGUGGAGCUUAAGCAAAAAUUGAUCAAUCUGGAGGCAACCUUGAAAAGAUUCACUCCUGAGAGGAUCAGAGCACUGAAGGAGAGCACCCAGAAGCACAGCAGCCUACUGCAUGACCUGGUGAGCUGGACAGAGAAACAGAAACAGCAGCUGGAAAGUCAGAAGCAACAGCUGGCUGAGUUACAGAAACAGACAAGCAGGAGCGUCUAA